CAGUCCGGUAGGUGGCAGUACGUGUCUCCGGUAUAAUAAAAUUGCCGGAAAUUCUAUUAAACGCCGAAGACGAACCUGUUUGUGGACGUUCGGUGCUCGUUUUGGACAGCUAGUGAAGAUGUCUAUUGGAGUGCCCAUCAAAGUUCUUCAUGAAGCAGAGGGACACAUAGUCACCUGUGAAACCAACACUGGGGAGGUUUACAGGGGCAAACUGAUCGAGGCUGAGGACAACAUGAACUGCCAGAUGGCAAACAUCACAGUCACAUACAGGGAUGGCCGUGUAUCUCAGCUGGAGCAGGUGUAUAUUCGUGGCAGUAAGAUCAGGUUCCUCAUCCUUCCCGACAUGCUGAAAAAUGCUCCUAUGUUAAAGAGUAUGAAGAACAAAAAUCAGGCCGCUGGUGCAGGUCGAGGAAAAGCAGCUAUUCUCAAAGCCCAAGUGGCUGCCAGAGGCCGUGGCCGGGGUGGACCAGGACGAGGGAACGUGUUCCAGAAGAGGCGCUAGUUUUAUGUUGAUUUUUUUUUUUUUUUUUUAGAUUUUAUUUUACCAUCAUUUUGGUCUGAUGCAUUUUAUAAUGUUCAUUUUAUGCUUUGGGAAAUAAAUGGGUGAUUUUGCUAUUUUUCCUGAU